AUGGCGAGUGGAACGAAGAAGCGACGAAAGUCGCAGUCUCCGGCCCGCGGUACCACUUCAAAGCGUGCACGCGUGUCUUCAUCCGGUACCUCGCAUCGCACCCAACGCCACGAGGACGAUGCGCAUUUGUCGCGCGCCGGAUCUGUCAGGGACGCAUACCUGGCCCAGAAGCAGGGUCAUUCAAUAUCACUGCCGACGGGAGAAGACUGGAUAUUCCGAAUCAAGGUUAUAUCGUCUGCAACCGACCUCAGCAACGAUGUGUUCAAGAACGCCGUUCAAGGCCUCGUACGAAUGUGCUUUCCCGAGGGCAUACUGGGCCAACUGGGACCUGAAGUACUAAAGCAACAUAUGCGAGAAGAGAAAGCUCCGGAAAAGAACAUACGCAGGAUGUCAGAGAUAUUUGGCAACGAGAUGACGAUGCGCAUGGCCUCGAUGGUUGCCGAAGACCUCGACACGGCUGCCAAGAUUGAUGCGGUGCUCAAGGCUAUGUUAUCUACCAGCGCAAGAGCGCAUGGAGAUAAGAUUGGAGAAGAUAUCUUGGAUCACGUCAUUGCUAGUUUAUUCCGAAUGAAGGCGAAGGCUCCAAAACGCUCCACGGAAUGGCUAGCCCAGGCGAAUGUACCACAGGACAAUCACAGCAGGGAUGGAGAUGGGAGUACAAGCGAUGUGUCCGAUGAAGAACCUACACCACCACCAAAGGUGAAGAGACAUAGGAAGCGGGACAAAGAGUCGAAGCGAGCACGGCCAGGUGCUGAUGACCAUGGUGCAGAAUCCACGAAACCAGAUGUCAGCUUACCAGCAGCUCCGCUUCCAGCCCAGCAACACACUUCAAAGCAAAAGCAUCGGAAGAUAUCUUCGAGGUGGUCAUGGGACAUUAAGGAAAUGGAUCUCGCAGAUGAAGCUGUAGCUGGAAUCUUUUCACGCACCAGUGAUCUAUUUGCUUAUCAUGCAUUGCCGAUUGCGAAACGCAAGCUUGGACCUGAUGCAUCGAAGAAACAAAUCAGAUGCGAGAUGCAGUCCAUGCUCGAUGGCAUGCCAGCUGAGGAGUUCGAAAAAUGGGUUGAGAGUUUGCAGAAGCUACUCAGUGGCGAUCGCGAGAUGUUAAAGCGACCAGACUCACAUCCACAAAAUGACGAGCAGCAGUUGACUCGCGAAACACCAGCACCUCUGAACGGUACGCCCAGCCACAUGCGAGCGGUGCAGAAACUGAGGGCGGAUACGCUGUUCGGCAUUCCCGUGGCAUCAUAG